CCUUCUCGAAAAAAAGGAAUAAAAAUCUCAUCCAAUAGAGGAAUCGGUGGAUAAUACCCUUAAGAAGUAUGCAAGCUACUUUGCCCACGAAGUUAAUGCGUGGAAAGGCAUCCUAGACAACAGCAAUGUCUUUUGCCCGUGCUACAGUCUGAGCGACGAGAGGCAAACAUGGCCCAAGCACCCACUGAUCCGAGUAGUGCGGAAACUGCUGACCCAGAGGAGAGCUCCCCAAAUAUGAUAGUCUACAGAAAGAUUGAAGAUAUCGUUACGAGAAUGCAAGAUGACAAAACAGGUGGAGUUCCCAUCCGCACUGUCAAGAGCUUUCUGUCCAAAAUCCCCAGCGUGGUCACCGGUUCUGAUAUUGUGCAGUGGCUAAUGAAGAACCUCAGCAUUGAGGAUGCAGGGGAAGCAAUACACUUGGGAAGUCUUAUUGCUGCGCAGGGUUAUGUCUUUCCGAUCUCAGACCACGUCCUUACCCUGAAAGAUGACAGCACGUUCUAUCGUUUUCAGGCACCGUACUUUUGGCCUUCAAACUGCUGGGAACCAGAAAACACAGAUUAUGCCAUCUAUCUUUGCAAACGGACCAUGCAGAACAAAGCUAGGCUGGAGCUGGCGGAUUAUGAAGCCGAAAACCUAGCAAGACUUCAGAGAGCAUUUGCAAGAAAGUGGGAAUUCAUCUUCAUGCAAGCAGAGGCCCAAGUGAAAAUUGACAGGAAAAAGGAUAAAACGGAGAGAAAGAUUUUGGACAGCCAGGAAAGAGCAUUCUGGGAUGUGCACAGGCCUGUGCCAGGCUGUGUGAACACCACAGAAAUGGACAUUAGAAAGUGUCGCCGUAUGAAAAACCCACAAAAAGUCAAAAAGUCAGUGUAUGGGGUUACAGAGGAGUCUCAGCCCCAAAGCCCUGUACACCUGCCCUCCCAGCCGGUGCGCAAAACAACAAAAGAGGAUUUCCGGAAGCAGAUAACUUUUCUGAACAUGCAGAUAGAGAGACAUUGUUUAAAGAUGUCCAAAGUAGCAGAAAGUUUAAUCGCCUACACAGAGCAGUAUGUGGAAUAUGACCCCUUUAUAACUCCUGCUGAGCCUUCCAAUCCCUGGAUAAGUGAUGAUGCAGCAUUGUGGGACAUUGAAAUGAGCAAAGAACCUAGUCAGCAGCGUGUGAAAAGAUGGGGUUUCUCCAUGGAUGAGGUGCUGAAGGACCCAGUAGGACGAGACCAGUUCCUUCGUUUCCUGGAAUCAGAAUUCAGCUCAGAAAACCUGAGGUUUUGGUUGGCUGUCCAAGAUCUCAAGAAACAACCUUUACAGGAUGUGACCACCAGAGUGGAAGAAAUCUGGCAAGAGUUUCUAGCUCCUGGGGCCCAAAGUGCUAUCAACCUGGAUUCCCACAGCUAUGAGAAAACCAGCCAAAAUGUCAAAGACCCAGGGAGAUACACAUAUGAAGAUGCACAGGAGCACAUUUACAAGCUGAUGAAGAGUGACAGCUACGCGCGCUUUCUGCGUUCGAAUGCUUACCAGGACUUACUGCUGGCAAAGAAGAAGCCAGAGAAUGAGCAAGGUCGUAGAACUUCUCUAGAAAAGUUCACUCGCAGCGUGGGAAAGUCUCUGGCAAGCAAGCGCCUCACGGGCCUGAUGCAGUCCUCCUGACAGCUCCAGGCAACCGCCCCGCAGGAGACAGCUGGGACCGCUACCAGGGACGGGGCAUUUCAGGGAAAGCGGGUCCCUGCACGGGAGGCAGCCUGAGCACGUGGAAGCAGAGAGCCACACGCCAGUGGAGCACCUCUCUUCACAGUUUACACCAACACUUCCCUGUCCGCACAGCUCCUUAAGGACCCUGAGCUCUCUGCAGGUACUUUGUUUCCAACUGAGGUUUGGAGGAGCACACUUCACCAUACACAAGAGGUCGACAAGGUGAGGGCUUGCUGUCUCAUCAUUUAAGGAAACAGACCCAACCACACCUUGGAGAAAGAAGAGCUGAGAAAGAUCAGUGUUUUUCCACAUCUCUUUUCUCCCUGGCACAAACGUGACUGUGAUAAGAUGGCACCACAACCUCACUUACUCCCUUUCAUGUGGCCGUCUGGAUCCAAUAAAAUAUCUGCUGGAAGCUGCUUCUCCUUCUCACAAAAUCCCAAAUGCAUUUCUCCUGCAGAUUCACUGACUUUAACUUUGUUUUUCUUUCCUAUGUUUCUCCUCCUUUAAAGCGAUGAAAAAAAAAAAAAAAAAAAAAAAAAGGCACUCUUUAAGUUCAUUACUCAUUGUCCUUCCAAUAGCAUGUAGCAUGUCCAGAGAUGAUGGCCAGAUCCUCAGCUGAAGUCAGGAGAUAAGGAGUGAUUUUCAUCACCUGAGGAUCUGCCCCCUUCAGUCAGACUCUGAUGCUGGUGCAAUUUCUCUGAUGUCGGCGGAAUCGUUCUGCAUGUGCGCGUAGUGCAAAUGUGAUCAGGCUCUGCCUGAUGCUCAGAAAGUCAUGUUUGAGAUGUGCAAUGCACACACAAGCACAUACACACUUACACAGUAUUUUAAAGUGAGCUGGUUUAUAUUUUAUUUAAUUUUCUAUUUAUUUAAGAUUUUGCAUAUCUAAUCAAUGACGGAUGUUCAAGCUUUUCUCCAAGCAAACCAAACCAGACUCCAGCUCUCCAAUCGGAGAGGGCCAAAAUCCGCUCACACAUGUCCAGGGAAAGGCAACUCUGAUGUGGGCAGGUGUCAAAAUUCAGCCUACAGAGAGGAGGGAAUUGAUGGAGAUGGGAGCAGCAGAAGCAGGGCGUGGAUGGGCAGGGCACUGGGUGCCAGGUGACCCUCCCUAAACAGUAGCACAUCUAGCUGUGAUAUCAUGCUGAGAUAACUGACCCUGCUGAGCAGCAUCAUUCUGAGAGUGAAAUUGUACCACUGAAGGAAAUGAGCUUCCACUAAAACUCGUAUGACCUGCAGCCCGUAAAUGCAACAGCAAAAGAUGACCCAGUAGCUUGUUUCAAACUGUUGGAGGUAUGAGGCUAGGAUGAGGACAGGAUUGAAGUGACUUUAUUAUGAAAUCCACUUACACUAGCUGCAGAUAGGAAAAUGGCCUGCAUUCACAUACAGUAUGCUAUCUAUAUAUAAGAAGAAUUUCAAGACUCAGCUGACUUAGUAUCAUGAAAUCUCCUGUAUUUUGUAAGCAGUUCAGAUCUGAAGCAUACAUGAAACUAGAGGUUUCUUGGUCUUCUUCACUCAUGCCAAGGCAAAUUGGCUUUUGUACAGGUGGUAGAAACCGCUAUACGGCUACAAGUCUGCCUUCCUACCUAGGCAAAACCAUCUAGCUAAGUAGACAGCUGGCUAUCAACAACAUUCACUUCUGAGGCAAGUAUUAUUCUAAUAUCUAAGGCCUAUGUAUGCACAAAAACAUGCCAGCAUAGUUUCUGUCAGAAAAAGUACCUUCCUCUUUGCCCAUGACAAUUCUCACUCUGAUACCUCUUUUCUUUCCUGCAGCAAAGUCCUAAUAUCUACCUAAUUCUUCCUAAGGUCCAUACACCUGCAUGAAUGUACAGUAGACUACUGAGUAUGAUGUUCAUUCUUUACACAUGCCUAUACCCUAAACAGCCCUCUGUCUGAGGCCUUCAGACCAAAUUCAUCCUACAUAUACAUGACACCACAAGACAGUUCCAGGACUGCAGAACCACCAUGGAUGUCCCCAACAUUCCUGUGGUCCCCUGACUCUGAGGAUGACAUUUGGUCCCCCCAAACUGUCACUUAGCUGUCCUUGCAGGACUCAUUUGUCUUGUCCUCUGCUACCCACCCAACCAAAGGGUCCCUUUGGGCAAUAGCAAGUUUUUGUGUAAAAGGCUCACAUGUUCAUUCAUGCAUGUGCCCCCUUGGUCAUCCCUAGGAAAAGGCAGAGGUCAUAUCUUCUCAGAGCCUUGUGGAUGGUGUUUUUAUCUCUGUCAAACCCAACAGUGCCAUGCAUCACUGGAGCUCUGUAAACCAACAGCUGCUCGCACUCCAAGCUACUCUACUGCCAGUGCUUCCCAGCCACAAGGUAUUUCCCAUGGGAGGUCUGUCUUGUGAACCCUCACACUGGUCUGCAGAGCAUUCCCGGGCAAGAUGUACGCAUAAAACAUGAAAGUGGUGUGUAGCAAGGAGCAGGGAUGGUAAAGUGGUACAUGUGGGUCUCUGCUUUGCAGUGAGUUCCUGACACUGGAGAGGUCUCCUGGGGGCAGGAUGGGGUAGCUUCACGGAGGGACUCCUCAGGUUUUGCAGCAUGGGGGCACAUGUGGGCAGGACUGGAGAAUGCUGGUGGGUGAUGGGACAGGUGGAAUUUGGGUUAUGGUCUGUGCAGGCAGCAGAAAUGCCAGACUUAAACCUGGGGAUGUGCCAUUGCCCUGUGAGCAAUGCACUCUGCUUUGUCUUUCAGCUUUAUUCCUGCAGGAUGGUGAUGAUGGCUGCCAUAGUAUUUUGCCUGUGGGGAAUAUUCCAUGUUUCAACAGUUGAGCACAUGGAGGGAAUUCUUACAGAGAUGGAGAGUAUGCAUAUGGGCAUGCAUCAGGGGGCCUGGAUGCUGAACAGCUUGCCAUUUAAAUGCACACUCGUGCAAACUAAUCUGCUCAGCAAUGGCUAGCUGAGCGGACAGAGCUGCAUAUCCUCUGGAGGGAAGAAAGCUCUGCUCCUCAUUUCCUGACUAAAUUUCUCCAAAACAAACACGAGAGUAGACAAGCCCUCCUCCUGGGAAUAUACAUCAACUGUUCUUCACAUGUCUUUUACUUCACAUAUGGUGAUGCUAACAUGUAACUACUUCCACAUGAACAACAUCCUUGAAUUGUUGCUUUUUAAUGACCUUGCUUAUUCCAAGCGAUGCUACUUUUGUACACCCAAUGGUAUCCCAUUGAGCACUGCAAGCAGUAAUCUGCUGCUUUGUAAAUGUCCGGUGUCUUCCAACUACCUCAUCGUGCUGAAGAUGAGUUAGGAACUCAGCUUUCCACCUCUGUUUAUGUUCUAAAUGGCAUCAAUUCAAGGGAAAACAGUCUGGAAAGCUUUUACAAUGUCCAAGCUACGCAAGCUAGCUACAAAACUUCCCAUACUCACAGGGCUAUGGCUGUGAAAUAUGGCUGUGCACUGUUAUUUGGAUAAUAGAGUAUCCAGAGCAUUCGCGGCUAUUGUGGCAAAACAGCAGCAGGACAAGCACUAGGAAAGGUUCAACGAGCCAGCGCAGACAGCGUUCGGCUGAAGCAAAUGGAUUAAUGUACUCUCAGUAUAACUCAGCACUAAGAUCCCAUAGAGUACUGUAAUAAAAUGGUAGCAGGGCAGCCAUAAAAAGUGGCAGUAAGCUGACAUAAUAAUACCAGAAUAAAUGUAGCAAUAAGGUAAGACAGGCCACUGCAGUAAAGUAGCAUUUCGAUAAUGCAGCAAUAAGACACAACAGGAUGCUGCAGUAAAUUAGUUUGGGGAAUAAGGCAGUAAUAACAAUGUGUGUGGACAAACAGUGGUACAUUUGUACCAGGUACUGCAGCAAUAAAGAUAACAAAAGAUGUCCAGGUAAUAAGUUACUACAGUAACAACAACACGAUGCACUUAUAUCAGGAUGCUUCCAUGCUGCAGUCAAAUCCUACAAGAGGUGGUGGUGAGACAAUGAAGACAAAAUAUACCCCAUUUCGCACUGCAGAAUGUGAAUCUGUUUUCUGCACCAUAACCCAAAUUCUGGAAUUAUCUCAGCAAUACCAAUCCUCUCAUUCCCACUUUCAAGGAACCUGAGGCAAAAGUGUUCCCCCACUCAGACAAUUAUUUUGGUCUGAAAAUACAAAACUGACUCAUUGUCUCUUCAGCCAAAUUGUCACAGACUCUGGUGAAGUUCUUUGUUUAGUCCUACUGAGGUGAAACCCUGGUGGUUUUUGGUAAGUCCUUUGCCUUUGAAAGGAUUUGGUUCUCUCAUCUUCUGGCAUGGGUGAUGCUUUUAGCCUAAUAUUAUUUCUGUUUUGCGUGGGAGAAGGGGAACCCAGGUACAGAACAUUUGACUGUACCAGUCUGUUUCCUAAAAUGCACAAAUAAAUGGAGCAUCCUGGAAAAGUCAAAGCAACAAGGACCAAAUCUGUUCUGUGUCAUGCACUCAUGCACACAAGCAUAAUCCUCCUG